AUGGAACCCACUAAACAAACCCUUUUAAUCGGCGGCCUCCUCGUCGACGUCUACUCCCACCCCACUUCGAGCUCCAGCUCCACAGAUCCCAUCCACGCGCUCUUCUUCCUCCACGGCCGCUUCGGAAGCGCACAAGCCAGUUACGUUGUCGAUACUGUUAAAUUUAUUUUCGAUGAGAGUUAUAGCUCUGGAGCGGAGGGCGGAAGGAAGAAAGAUCUUGUCGUCGUCGCAUUUGAUCAUAGGAACCAUGGGUCGAGACUCGUGGAUCAGAAGCGGAAUUUGGCGUGGAGCGAGGAUCUGGCUAAGAAUAAUGACCAGCAUGCCGUUGACAUGUAUACCAUCCAAACUGGUACAGCAGAAGACGUGUCCUUCCUAAUCGACCAUCUCCCUUCAAUCCUCUAUCCCUCGGGUGAACGGAUGGUUGUGGAAUGGGGUAUAUGCGGUGUGAGUCUUGGAGGACAUUCGACGUGGAUUGCGCUAUCUCGAGAACCCCGACUCACCCUCGGAAUCCCCAUAAUCGGGUGUCCUGACUAUACGAAACUCAUCUCCCAACGCGCCCAAUCUUCACGAAUCCCCUUCUCCCCGCCAUACUUCCCUACCUCCUUCAAAACAUAUAUAGAAACGCACGACCCUGCACAACUGGCGUACCGCGCCAAGGAUGCUUCCAAUCCGUUUUUUGGUAAGAAGAUUUUGGUGCUUUCGGGGAAGGAGGAUAAGCUUGUGCCGUGGGUGGCGUCGGCAGAGUUCGUGGAGGGUCUUGAAGUUGGGGAGGGGGGUGUUAAGAGGGUUGUGGUGGAGGAGGGGGCGGGGCAUGAGUGUACGAGUGGGAUGCGGAGGGAGGCUGGGUUGUUUGUGAGGGAAUGGUUGAGUGGCGCGGUGUUUUGA